CGGCUUAUGUUUGUGCUGUGUGGCUUAAACGCCGUGUCAGAAGUUUGAAGGUUAGCCGAGUAGCUAGCUCCUGAGCUAGCGUUAGCUUAGUCACGAAAGCCAUCGGUUUGUACGGAGCCUGCCUGCCCUGCCAGGCUGAUUCUGUACGGUUAGCCACAGGGCUGGGCUUUGAUUUACAGUCCAACCUGUCAGCUUUUCGUCUUUUACCUAUCCAGUCCGGUCAGCUCACCAAGUGGCACCGUAACAUGAAGUUAUGGAGGAGCGGAAGCUAAAAAGAAAGAGUCCCAGGACUUCCACCAGCGCGGCGCCUCCGUCCGGUGGCUCUGGCCGGAAGAAUAGCGCUUCCACUGGAGGACGGCACCUUGGCUACACGGGGACUCACUCCAGCCAAAAGAACAAGAGCAGGAGGGGAGUGAAGGAUAAACCCAGGUAUCAGCAGGGUUUGGGUGGUAAAGCUAGUCAGAACCAGGGCCAGGCAACACCGAUCGUCCAGCACUCUUUUCUCACAGAUGUUUCAGAUGUACAGGAGAUGGAGAAUGGCCUGCUCAGUCUCCUCAACGACUUCCACUCAGGGAAACUACAGGCAUUUGGCAAUGAGUGCUCUAUUGACCAAAUGGAACAUGUGAGAGAGAUGCAGGAGAAGCUGGCACGCUUGCACUUUGACCUCUACGGUGAGGUGGAUGAAAUGCCCGAGGAUCAGAGGAAAACAGCCUGCGACACCAACAUGGACAAGUUGCUCCUUAAUCUGGAGGAGCUGAGUUCUUCCAUUCAGAAACUGAAUCUAGCCGACACACAAGAGAUCCCGAGGACUGCGAGCGUGUGACUUCCGUCGUCCCAACAUUUCUCAAUCAAAUUUGAGCCGACUAUUUCAUUUAUAGUACCUAUGGGGGUCUAUAAGUAUGGGGGGUUGAAACUGCCAUAAUAAAUAAAUGCAAAAUAUC